AUGUUAACACCACACGCGUACACCCGAGGCGAAAAGGUGCUCAACGACGAUGAAGUGAGGGAGUUGGAGGCGAAGAACGACGAAUUGAAGAGGGUCAUCGCAUUGGAGCCGCUGCCUGGCUGGCUUCAAAAGGCUGUGAGCUACCUCCGCGCCUACAAAGGGCAUGCUGGUUAUUUGGGUGCGAUUGCGGAGCUCGUCAACUUUGAGCGCCACGUCAAGAGGAACCCUGGGAAGCCACUCCCAGCUACCAGUCGUCCUUCAAUUCUCAGCAUGUACAUCCGCGGCGGGCGAGACCCAGAAAAGCAUACGAAACUCAUGGUGGAUGAACUCGACCAGCUGCACAAUGAACUCUUUUCGUGGUGGUUUGUGUUGCAACCGAAGAGCCGUAUCCCUCUGAAUUUCGACGAAUCUCUGCAAGACUGCUCACUUCUUCUUCGCAUCAGCACUACUAGCCACCAAGACUGGCCUGACUUGUAUCGUGGAUCAACGAACGGUGUUUACGGGGUUUUCAUUUGUCUAGGGUGGUGGUUGGAAGCAGAUUGCACCUUGAAGACUAUGGUUACUGUACCUGCACCUGGUCUCGGCGAGAAGCCUCCCUCGCGACGUCGAUAA